AUGGUCCAGGACACACCAGAAGCUGGCGCGGCAGCGCGCAUGAGCACAUUGGAGCUGCCGUUUGAUCAGCUCAUGAAGGAGACAAUGGAAGGUCUAAAGUGUGCGGUCGAGGGAAUUGGUGAGUUUGCCAAGGAGGUGGUGGUCAAGAUUGAUAAUUUGGCAUCGGCUCAGGCGAAUGUGGAGCCUAUUUUAGAGACGCCACGGCAUUCGACGGCUACUGUGCUUGUCGGGGAGGCAACUGAAGCGCCGAUUGCGGAGGCGCUAUUUCAGCUAAGUGUCAAGGCAGCUUAG